CCAAAACACCAUGAAAGAAACAUGCAUUAAAAUGAGCACUAGGUCUAAACAGACUUUUAGCUCAGUUUCUCGAACACACUUAGCUCAGAAGGCAACAAUGCAAGUUUGUAGGUUCUUCUUUUUCUAAGACAGCUCACAAAAUCACAGGAUCAUUAGGGCUGGACGGGACCUCUGGAGAUCAUCUUAGUCCAACCCCCGUAUGCUAACUGAUCUCUUGCAUAGUUGCAUACUUCAUCAGUCAGCCAGACUGUCUAAGUUAUGAAGGUAAUAAAACUUGUUUCAAAUUUACAGAUGACUCAUGAUCUUUAUGCAAAAAAUUCAACUAGAACAAAUUCUCUACCUACAAAAUCACCAGAGAGUUUCCUUACAUUGGGCCCUGCCUUUUUACAAGUUCUGUUUCUGCUGUUGUUCUGGUUCUUAAUAAGUCUAGUAGCUGGAGCAUGUCUAUUAUGAAAAGUAAUUGAUGGGGGUGUAAAUCUUUUUUCUAUUCCAAGUCUGUAGAAUAAUAUACGAACUGGGUAAAUUGACUUGUAUUUUUAUAUGUUCUUGCAGUCAUGACAACAACCCUGCUAGCAUUUUGUUUACUGUGUGGCUAAUGAGGUUUGGAUGUCCACAACUUUGCCUGCCUGGAAGGCUGGUGUUAGGGGUUUGUUUUGCUUUCAAAAUUUAAACCAAAGAUGUAAAGCAUCUAGUCAGAAAUAAAUAUCUGUAAUUUGGAGUGAGAUAAUGGUCAAAUAUCUUUAGUUUUAACAUGUUUCUUUAAAGAUGUUUUGUGUGAUACUAACUAAAGUAUAAUCUAAAUAGUGGAGACAAGAGUAUAAUGAAAUUGUAAGCAAAAACUUGGAGCUGAAGAAAGCUAUGAAAUAAGGCAAAGGUAAAUUAACAUAGUCCUCAUUGUAGUCUUUGUCUUAGUUUCUAGUCUGACAAGAGGAUAUUCACUGCUGAUAAAUCCAAGGUAGGAAAGCAACAGUUUCAUUAAAAUGUUAUGAUUUUGGAUCUUGAAACAGACCUUACUUUCUCUCUAUCUAUCUCUGUCUAGCAUCAAGAAAAUGAUCCGUAUUUCAUCUUGCUUGAAAACCAUUCAACCAGCUGUACUUAACUGUUAGUCACCAUUCUAGAGAUAUGGCUAAUUACUUUAAUUAAAAAGUCGUAUUUUCAUACAGCUCUGCUAUCUCUCCUGGGAAUUGUUUUAAAGUUCCUAUAUGCUUACCACCAAUUCUCUGCAAUACGGCUUAGGGAAGAGGAAUUUUAACUGUACUGUUCAAUAGCAACAGGUCUUCAGAGUAUUAAGGUUGAAAUUCUCAAGGGUCUUUAUGUCAUGGAUGGAAAUGGAAUCAUUACUGUAUUUUUGAACUCCUGCUAACGUCAUUGACACCCACCUACAGUCCACUAGAAAUAUAAGAGCAGAGAUCAGUUUGUUCACAGAUUACAAGGAGACUAACCAAGAAGGGGCAAGCCAGAGCCAAAUUCACUGGUAAGCUUUAUUUUAAAGAAUGUGAAAGGGAGAAGGAUUUCUUCCUUCCCUCCACCCCUGUCCUUGAAUCCAGUUGUAAAAUGGGUCUUUAGUGGGUUAUACCAGGCUGUGUUGUUAUUGCAUUUAUCAAUGUAUGUAGUACGCUUUCAUUUAAUGCAAUUUUUAAGAGUUAUCUGGAUCUCAAGCCGUAUUUCUUGGUGCACACAAAGAUCUGAUGUUGUAAAUAAUGAGCCAAUGUAAAUGGCUGUAGGUAAUAACCAAUGUAAAUCCACAAAUGUAAAUAAUUUUUGUUAAAUGUCUUGCUAGUCCCUCUCCGAAGAGAAUAAAGUGUCCAGAAAUAGCUUUGGUAUGGGAAGCGCUUCCUUAGGAUAAUUCGUUCUUCCUAAUACAUUAGUACUAGGAAAACAACGAAACCUUGAUAGUGCAUGGAUGUAAUCUGCAGGAGGCAGAUUUUCCUUGCCAUGACUAAAUUAUUGUCAGCAUUCCACUGGACUGUUGUGCUUGCUUUCUUUGUUACCAGUGACAGCUCUCUAUGACUUGAGUCUGGUUCAUUGUCCUUCUUACAGACAGUCUGUUCAUCUCUUCAGCAUGUGGAAAGUGGUGCUGCUGGGUCUAUAUACAGUAGUGGCUGUGACAGGACUGGUAAAGGGUGCUCCUUUCCAACCAGAAGAAAAAUGGAAACCUCUAGAUAACCCUAGAAACAGAGACCUGUUUUUCAGAACACUCCAGGCUUAUUUUUCAAGCAGGGGUCUUGAUGUCAGGAAGCUCCCAGCCACUUUCGCCAUGAACAAUGAAGGACCAAGGCCUGUCAUGCUCUACUCGGAUCCUGUUGCUUCUGCAUUUGCAGAUUAUGAAGAAAGGAAAAAUUAUUUCCCAAAUUAUUUCAAAGGCUGACCAAGGCAUUAAGUGUCGAACUUCACCCGAAAUGAUCCCCUUCCCAGCACAGUAUCACAAGACUUUUUAACUUCAUUGGUUGCUUUGACAAUUGCUUUGACAGUUUUGACCUAUGUAAUCUGAUGUCUUGUUGCAAGUAGCACAUUUGCCUUCCCUUGACAAAUGUGUGGUGUUUGCCUACCACAAUGUGUCUAGCAGAACCGUGUGUGUUUAGAUGUGAAUAAAUGAGGAGUGCAACAGCGCGUGUUAACUAUU